AUGCCUCCAAGAAAGAAAACCCGAAGCAACACCAUGGCCUCCCAAGAUGGACCCGACCAUGGUGAUUCUGAAUCAAGGCAAAAUGCUUCCUCUAGAGGACAAGAACGUGCAAGUGAGGAAGCCUUCACCCUCACUGAUCUCAUCACGGCUAUGCAGGCCAUGGGGGAAACCCAGAAGGAGAUGAUGGACACUAUCAAAGAAUUAAAAAAUGCUGCUUCCAAGCCAAGCGAAGAGGAUAGACGUCCGCAAGAAGAAUCUGCCGCUGCUGGAAAGGGGUCUGAACAAAGGGGACCGUCUUUUGUCACCCAGGAGGAUGUCGUUGCCAUGCUGGAAAGGGAGCUUAGUCGAAGUCAGGAGGAUUGGAAAUACAUUCCUCAGCCACCGUACCCAGCAAGUUUACUCCAGCAGCCCUAUCCCAAAGGUUACGAAACACCAACCUUUGUUCUCUUCGAUGGGAGGAAAGGAAGCCCGAAGGAACAUGUCAACCGAUUCCUUGAUGCUUUGGGGCCACACGCUGGUGAUUAUAAUCUGCGACUCCGAGAAUUCUCAAAAAGCCUCACCGAUCGGGCUUAUACAUGGUACACCACAUUGGCACCAGGCUCUAUGCGUUCUUGGGACGAUUUGGCAAGCAGGUUUUGUAAAAAAUAUUUUCAGCACGAGGAGAGGGUCACCACCACGCAGCUCAACAACACUCGCCAAAAGCAAGGGGAGGAUCCUGUGGACUUCGUGAGAAGAUUCUGGGACUUGGCUCUCGAUUGCUAUGACGAAAAAGAUGAGGAGGCACUUGUUGAGAUUUGCAUCAGCAACAUUGUGGCAGACUAUAGAGUAUACUUGGAGAAUAUUGGCAUAAACCAAUUUUCCCGGCUGCUAGAAGCGGUAAGAAAGACAAGCAUGUCCGUCAAACCGACUGGACAACGGGGCUGGAGGAGUGAGAAGAAGGAAUCACAUCAGGUGUUAGCCACGGAUGAGAAGCCAUCUAAUGACUACAGCUCACGCAAACAAAAAGAUAGGGAGACGUACCCGCCAUUGCCUUGCAAAGAUGAAGAAUUUCAUGCCAUCCUCGACACAAUGAUUGCUGAUGGCGCAAUCAAACCUCUCAAGCCCUACAAGGUCCCCACCAGGGAAGAAAAAAGUGAUCCCAGAUACUGUCGCUACCACCAGUUUGUAGGACAUCCAACCAUCGCUUGUCAGAGUUUAAGGAGGAUCUUACAUGGCAAAAUACAUGAGGGAGUUCUUGAGCUUCCCUCUAGGAAGCAGGCUAUUAAUGAGGACCCUUUGCCAAAACGGAGGGGGAAAGAAACAGCUGCUGUUAUUACGUGUUCAGAUGAUUUGCUCGACGAUGACGAAUUGUGCCACCCAUGGAGGAAUGAUCCAAAGCCACCAGAGGCUAUUUGGGAGCCUUGUGGAAACAUGGAUAAAGCUUACUUGUGCAAAUACUCGAAACCGUCAAGCUACGACACGCCAUGGCCACUCGCUGAUGGAUGGGAUGACUGUGCAGACAAUGGGGUGUUCAUGUUGGACAUGCCGGAAGAACAAUGCCGGAAAGCCUCGUCCGGACAGCAGGAAACGUCUGCUGUGACAUUUCACACCCUUACAGAAGCUGAGGCGACUGUAAUGGAACGAUAUCGGGGCUCGAAGCAAGGACCCACAGCUUCACAGGCCCUCCAGAGGAAUCCUAGAGUUAAAUCACUCUUUGACCAACUUGGUUUCGGGCCUCAAGCGAGGGAAGCAGCUGCUGUAGCCCUUAUGAAUAUUUCUGCAGGAGCCAACCCCCAUUGCUUCACUGCUCAACCUCAAAGGUCAUUCUUGGAAAAUGACAAUGCUAUCGUUUUCACAGAUGAGGACAUGGAAGUUCCAUACCCGGAUCAUAGAAGGCCGCUUUACCUGGAGGGGCAAAUCAAUGAUGUGUUCAUACGGAGGGCUCUGGUAGACACGGGUUCUUCUGUUAACAUCUUGCCUCUGUCUGUACUUACAGCAGCUGGUAUUCCACUAUCCAAGAUCGUGCUGUCCCAAACGAGCAUUAGCGGUUUUGGGAAUCAAAGUGAGGUUAUGGUUGGAUAUAUGCAAGUAAAUUUGAAGGUAGGGCCCAUCCGGUCACUUACCAAGUUCUAUGUGGUGGACAUAGAUGUGGCUUAUCAUGCUUUGUUGGGAAGGCCAUGGCUCAACAAGCAUAAACUUGUGGUCUCUACGUACCAUCAAUGUGUAAAGGGAAGAAUUGGGCUAAGACCAUUCCGUGUACCAGGGAAUCAAGCACCGUUCAAUCAAAGCGAAGCUCACUACUCCGAGGCAGAAUUCUACACUGAGUGCACAGGCGCCGGAAGCAACCCAUCCAAGAAUUCCGGGACUUACCUGCCAUCGUGGACCGAGAUUCGUGAUCUGAGCAACGAGGAGCUCAUAACCAUCGUCGAUCGAGAAAGAAAAAGGCACUCGGAGGCCAACAACCAUGCCUACGAUCAUCCUCAAUGCUCAAAGGUUACGCUGCCAGAUGGGCUCACUGUAUAUCGCUUAUGA